CUUCGACUUGGACUUGGACUUCGACGUACAACCAACAAUCUGCAACCACUCAAUGCCGAGUAAAAAGCUGAAGUGAUCGGACGAGUAACUCUCUCCGUCUCGAGGUGGAGAAUAAUUUUAUUUAUUUAUUUAUUUAUUUUCGAAAUUUCUUAUUUAUACAUUUAUUUGCUUAAUUUAUUAAAAUAAUAAUAAAAAAAAAACAAAAAAGUAAUAAAAUACAAAAACAAAACGGCGGUAAAUGUUUUUUAAAUGAAAGUGAUUAAAUAAAUUAUUCACAUUUAAUAAAAGAAAUAUAAAACUAAAAAAGACUUCUUAGUUUUAAUAUUAUUUAUUUAUUUAUUUAUUUGUUUUUCCUCCAAAGUGAACAAAAAAACAAAACAUUGGUCCUAAAAACAAAUCAAGUGCCAAUUUAUUAACAAAAUAAAAUUAAAAUAAAAUUACGCAAAGGAAAAUAAUACAACAUAUUUUCUGAUAUGAAUCGCAACGAAUUACGCAAAAGUUUCAACAAAAACGUGAAAAGUUAUCAAAAAAUAUUUAUUCAAAAAAUGUAUCCACUCUUGAGACAUUUAUAAGCGAAAAAAAAAAAAUUAAUAAAAAUACGAAUCAAAAUCCAAAAGAAGAUUCCAACAAAACAGACAAACAUUUUGGACAAAACAAACUAUCUAGAUACAUUUGUAGUUAAAGUGAAUUUGUGACAGAGAAGAGUGGUGGAAGAAGAAACCACCAAUAAUAUCGAAGAGAAAAAAUAUCUACUUUUUAAAAAAGAAAACAAAAAAAGAUAAACGAAACACAGUGAGAGAAGAAGAAGAAAAUAAACCACAACAGAAAUGGAUUACGACAAAAUGUACUUUCCAAAGACCGAGAUGUCGCAACUCGCACCAAUAAAACCACACAAACCAUUAACCGUCUCAUUGUCUGACGACACAUACAAUGCUUAUGCUGAUAACUUUGAUCUCUCAUUGCUGCCAAAUGAAACAGAGCUUCCAUUGAGUCCUCAAUCGGAAUCAUCAUCAACUUCGUCCUCUUCCCAAUUACAAUCAUCACCAUCAGCGUUGUCGUCUACGACUACUUCACAUGUUUCCCUUGAUUACAUUCCAACAACAAUCUACCAUGACCAAACGGUGACACAAAUCAAAAUUGAAAAACCCUGGUCAGACGACACCCUCCAUUCUUCCACCACUCUUAAUCACACCAACAAUAAUUCAAAUUCGAUUCUUCUGGAACAACUCCAACAUCACUACAAAUUCUAUCCAUCACCACAACCAUCUCCGGAUCACUUCCAUCUCAACAGCAACAACAACGGUCCGCCGGCGACCGUCAACGCUUCUACAGUCUACCCACCAUCACCUUGCCCUUCGAUUGAUGCCAAAUCACCAUACUCCAGCCACCAGUACCACCAAAUCAAACAGGAGCUCCACAUCCUACCACCAUCGCCACCAGAGUCCAGUUGCGGUGCCCCAUCACCGCACUCCUUUGCUGACAUUAAGCAAGAACCCGAUGAGGCUUUCAUUGACAUAAACUCCUUGUUGGAGAAGUCAUUGACUAGCAUGCGACAAGAAACCACCAACGUCAACACCACCCCCAACACCAACGAUUCAAAGCCACAAAUUGUGAGCCACCACUAUCCCCACCAUCCUCAUCAUCCUCACAAUCAUCAUCAGCAUCACCUUAACCACCAAGAGUCUCAACAGCAAUCACACCAACAGCAGGCUUCAUCUCAAGACAAUCAGCUGCUUCGGGAAUACCUUGAGGACACGACCUUUCAAAAGAAGCACAAUCUUAAGCCUUUGGCUUUGGAGACUCUCAUCGGUGGCUUAGGUGUACGCGGGGAUAUUGAGCCAGUUAUUUCGCUAGCUCUGGAACAUGCCAAGCGUGAGGCGGAGGCUACGUGCAAUAAAUUGCAAAUAUCUGCUGAUCCACAAAAAUGGACUCCACCCCAAGUACACGCAUGGCUACGAUCCACUGCUGAUCAAUUCAAAUUGCCGCCAAUCAUUGAUUUGGAACUAAAGUUUCCCGAAGAUGGUACGACCUUGUCAUUACUCACCGAAGAAGAAUUCGUACGCAGAGCACCUGAGGCUGGAAGUACAAUUCAUGCACAGUUGGAAAUUUGGAAAUUAGCCUGCAGUGAUAAUUUCUCAAAUAAUUUCAACACAGCAAAUCCAAACAACAAUACUGUUGGUACAGUAGUGAAUGCAGCAACAAAUGCAACUGCAUUAUCAAACCCAACAACUACAGCAACGCCAUCUGUCGUCACAGACAUUUGGAAUUCUGAGUGUAUUCAAAGUAUGGAUAUGGAUGUCAGUGAUGAUGACGAAGAAGAAACUCUUCCCCCUGGCACAGUGACUAACUCCCCGGCUAUGGCAUCAACGGUCACUAAUAACAGCAGUGUCGCAUCAGCAUCAACACCUUCUCCCGCCGCCGCCACCACAACAACUAAAACUCCAACUGGACGCACAGGUGGUUCGCACAUACAUCUUUGGCAAUUCCUUAAAGAAUUGCUAGCCACUCCACAUGUCAAUGGUACAGCAAUCCGUUGGAUAGAUCGCAGCAAGGGUGUUUUCAAAAUCGAAGACUCGGUACGUGUAGCAAAGCUUUGGGGUCGUCGUAAGAAUCGACCAGCCAUGAACUACGAUAAACUUUCACGUUCAAUUAGGCAAUAUUAUAAAAAGGGAAUCAUGAAGAAAACAGAACGUUCACAACGACUUGUCUAUCAGUUCUGUCAUCCAUAUUGUUUGUAAUUUGACAGAACUCACAAAUAUGUCAAACAUUUUGACAGAACUGGCACUUAAAUAUUUAUUUAUUUAUAUAUUUAUGAAACUUCAACAACAACAAAAAGCAACCAAUCAAAUCAAAACAAAAGCAACAACAAUAAUUUAUUUAUUUAUAUAUUUAUAUGACAACUUACACAUAUAAUUUUGGUGUGAAUGCUUUUUUUAAAUAUUUAAUUAUUUUGAAUGAAUGAAUGCGCGCGCAUUUCUUUAUUUAAAAAUAAGUUUUAAUCUAAGGAGGUAACUUAAAGGGUACUCUUUGGUAUUUUCUUUCAAUUUUUAAAAAUUGGGAAAAUAUCAAAAGAAGUGCUUCUACAAAAAUCAUCACAAAACAAAACAAAAAAUCAAAUUGAAAUGAAAUUGAAACACAUACAAUCCACCUAAGACGCAUUGACUGGAGCGUUUUUAAAAAAAUCCUUUUGGUAAUUUUUUCGUAUUGAGAAAAAAUUGCCAAACGUGAAUGGCGCCCAACCGGGAAAUGCAUGAAAUCAUACUUAAUAUUAUAUAUUUACGUAUUUAUUUUAUUUUGCUUAAUAUUAUUUUAUUCAAGCGUUCUUUUACUUUACACAUAUAAAAACUAGAAAGGUUGAACUAGCCGUAACCGAUCUCGUCGGAGGAGAUUAUUGUGCAAGGUGCAAGCUCCGUACACCGGCAAGGUCGGCCGGUAGUUCUUCCAUUAAGAUAACAUAUAUCUAUGAUAUAUAGAAUAUACGUUCUAUGAACAUAAAUUUAUUAGUCAUUUAAGCAUUAAUCUCCAAUUUUUUCUUGGGGAUUAAUAAAUCUUAUAUGUGUGUCUUUGAAAGCGGUACACUGGGCUACUUUGAAGUCAAAAGGUACGCGCAAAGAUACAAAAUAAUUACAAAACGAAAAAGGAAACUUAAGAAAUAUAUUAUUCGUAAAUGUUUUACAUUGAAAGAGAAACUCAUUUUAAAAUCAAUUAUUUUCAAUUGAGAGUUAACAUGAGCCCAAUGGGCUUCAUUGGAAGAAUUCAGUAGGAGAAAACAAAAAUAUUUAUUUAUUUAUUUAACAAACAAAACAAACAACACCAACUGAAACACGAACAAAAAUAUGUACGUUAAUUUUAUAUGUUUUAUUUAUUUUGAACUCAAAACUAUGAUUUUUUCCAAUAAACCCCUUUUGGAAAAAACAGUACGAUCGACGAACGCACGAUUUAUUUAUUAGAAAAAUUUAUUCGUUAUUGAAAUAAAAUUUUUAAAUAUUUACAUAUUUUUGUUUCCUUUUUUCCUUACGAAAACAACAAAAAAAAGUUAUACAAGAAACAACUAUUUAUAAAAUAAUUAAUAUUUAUAUAUUUAUGGAAAAAAAACAAUAUGGGUGUUGGUAAUUUAUUUUUUGAUUAUUUUUAUGAUUUUACAUAUUUUGUGUUGGGAAUUUAAUUUUUGUUUUUAUUUUAUUUUUAAAUAAUUAUAAUAAUAAUCAAACUUUCAUACUUUCAUAUAUUAUGAAUAUUUUUAAUCAAUUAAUAUAAUAAAUAACAAUAUAAGAAAAAUGGAAAAAUAUAUAUAUACUAUAAUUUUAUGUGUAUAAUUUUUAUUUUAUAAAAAUGAAAAACAUUAAAUGUGAUUUAAGUGCCUUUUUUUCUGAAAUAAUUUAUCUAGUUAAUUGCAAAGCAAAGAAAAAUAUGAAAGUGUAAACAUUUUACGUAAAGCAACAUAAUAUUAUAUGUUUUGAAAACAUAAUUAAAUUUUUUUUUAAUAAUUUAUUUAUUUAUUUAAUUUUUAAGCUUUGAGGUACCUCAAAAGAAAUACAUAUGAGUACAUUUUUGAUAAUAAUGGAAAUUACACAUUUAUGAAUGUUAAACAUUUUUAUUUUCUAAUUUACAAAAAUAAUAAUAAUAAUAAUAAUUUAAAUAAAAACGAAAUAAAAUAUUUA